CCGAGUUGCAAGCUGAACUGGGAACUCGGCUUUUGCGUCCGAGAUUGGCUUUAAUCUGCUCUCAGUUGUCUCGGCGAACGGUUGGAAUUCCGGUUGAAUUCCGCAUGCGCCGUAAUCCUGCCAGUUGAUAGCAAGUCAAGCCCUCCGAAUCCCCCGAAAUCGCACCCGGCCUGCAUGUGUCGCCAGCGCAAAAAAAGCAGAAACUGAAAACGCAGAAGCCUCCACCGGAAUUCCAGCAUCCGCAUCACAACAUCUCCCAGAGAAGCAGCCGCUCCAAUCCGAAGGCGAAUCCGAAACAGACAGAAUGGCCAAUUUCGACGAUACGUUGCAACGCGCCCGCCUUGCCUUUUCCAGUGGCAAAACCAGGAGCGUCAGCUUUCGACGCAAGCAGCUGGAGAAUCUUCUGCGUUGCUAUGAGGAGCACGAGAGCGAGAUCAUCAGUGCCCUGGAGGCGGAUCUGCGGCGACCCAAGCAGGAGUCCCUCAUCGUGGAGACCGAGUUCAUGAAGAACGACAUCAAGCACAUUCUAUUCCACCUGAACGACUGGGUCAAGGCAGAGAAGCCUUCGAAGUCGUUUGUGAAUCUGAUGGACGAUGUCCAGAUCUACAAUGAUCCCUUUGGAGUGGUCCUGGUGAUUGGCGCCUGGAACUAUCCGCUGCAGCUUCUGCUGGUGCCCGUGGCCUCCGCCAUUGCCGCUGGCAACUGUGUCGUCAUCAAGCCCAGCGAGAUUGCCGCCAACUGCGCCAAAUUCAUUGCCGAUGUCAUUCCGAAAUAUUUGGACAAUGACUGCUAUCCAGUUGUCUGCGGUGGACCCACUGAGACCGCUGAGCUGCUCAACCAACGGUUCGACUACAUCUUCUACACGGGAUCCACUCGCGUGGGAAAGAUCAUCCAUGCCGCGGCCAACAAACACCUCACGCCCACAACUCUGGAGCUGGGUGGCAAGAGUCCCUGCUACAUUGACAAGUCGGUGGAGCUGCGUACAGCCGUAAAGCGCAUUCUGUGGGGAAAGCUGAUCAACUGUGGACAGACCUGUAUUGCUCCCGACUACAUUCUCUGCUCCAAGGAGGUGCAGGAGAAGUUCAUUGCUGAAGCCAAGGAAGUGCUGAAGGAGUGGUACGGCGAGAAUAUCCAGAGCAGUCCGGAUCUAAGUCGCGUUAUCAAUGCCAACAAUUUCCAGCGCCUGCUUGGUCUGAUGAAGUCCGGACGCGUGGCCGUUGGUGGCAAGUACGAUGUCAGCGAACGUUACAUCGAGCCCACCAUCUUGGUCGACGUAAAGGUCAACGAUCCCAUUAUGGAGGAGGAAAUCUUCGGCCCCAUCUUGCCCAUCUUCAACGUGGAGAGUGCCUAUGAUGCCAUCAAGUUCAUCAAUGCCAGAGAGAGUCCACUUGUCCUGUAUAUUUUCACGUUGGAAACAGAGGUUCAGAAUCUGUUCAUAAACGGCACCCAGUCGGGCGGACUGUGCGUGAACGAUACGAUAAUGCACUAUGCUGUUGAUGUCCUGCCCUUCGGAGGCGUGGGCAUGAGUGGAAUGGGCAGCUAUCAUGGCAAGUAUGGCUUCGACACCUUCACCCACAAAAAGUCGUGCCUUGGAAAGGAUCUUUCGGCCUUUGGCGAAAAGUUGGCAUCAGCGCGUUAUCCACCCUACUCGGACCGCAAAGGAUCGCUGCUGGCUUUCCUGCUCCGCAAGCGUCGCCCUCUGCCCAAUCUGCAUCUGAGCCACCUUCUGGCCGUUGGCCUGGGCGUCGGAUUGACGGUGUUGGCCAACUACUACCUACAGGUAAGGAAGGGCAAGCUGUUGUCGCGUUAGUAGGCCCGCUGGGGACCGUUGCCAGUGGAAUUUUUACAUUAAAUUUUGGAAUUGUUUGCAAUAAAUGUAUAAGCAUA